AUGAAGACACGUGAGUCAUCGUUCGCGCCCGUCGCGGUCAGGCCCGCGGAUGCGAACACCCCGCUCCUCGGCGUGACCGCCGAGCGGAUGAAGCGCUUCGACACGACACGGACGAAACACCUCGCGACCAAGUACGGAGCCCUCGCGCUCGUGGCGUGCGUCGGCGCCGCCGCGGCGUUCGGGGGCUCCGGCCACGACACUUCCUCGAUCGCCGCCGCGAUGGCCUCGCCCGAGCUCUCCUCGCCGCAGGCUCCGAGGUUCGCGCGCGGCCCCAGCUGCAACGGCGUGUGCCCGUCCGUCGCCGCGCGAGAUUUCGACGCGUAUCCGGAGGAGGGAUCCGCGCACGUCCUCAUGCUCGGCGACAGCACCGACAGGGCCUGGCACUUCACCUUCUGCAACGGCAUCCUCAACGACGCGGACCGCUGCGAGCACCCCGUCGAGUGCGUCGCCCCGACCGUCAACUUCCUCCCGAACAACAUGCAGCCCCUCGUGUGCGCCGACGGCGACAAACGAUGCGCCGCCGAGUCCUGCUACGAGGACGCCCCGUGCUGGCACGAGAAGGAGAACGAGAUGGCCGCCGCGUGCCACCCGACAUCCCCGUACGGUCCCGCCCUCGGGUUCGUCCACCUCUUCGAACCCGACCCGGAGAGUAAGCAGGACCUCAAGCUCGUCGAGUACGGCCGCGAGAUCGACGGGUUGCCAGUCAUGACCGGGCCGAGGGUCAACGCCGCGGUGCGAAGCUUCGACAAGUUCGCACCCGCGGAGAAGGCCGAUGGUGGUGUUGGUCAUCAUGACGCGAAGAAGCGGCCGGUGGUGGUGGUCGUGGACGUGAUGCACUGGUGGGUGGGCAACCACCUCGGGUGGGGCGCGCCCGGCGCUCCCCCCGACUGGUCCGCCGAGCUCGGGUCGGACCGAAAGUUCGACGCCAACCUGAGGCGAUACAGGAAGGACCUGGACGCCCUCGUGGAGCACGUGGACAAGGCGAUGAAGGGCACGGGUCGGCCGUAUCGCCUCGUGGGUAAGGCGAACCACGACUGGCACACGUUCAAGCCCGACGGCGUGGAGCACCGAUUCCUGAGCGCCAUGGCCGCCCACGUCAAGCACGCGUUUGAGAGCAAGAAGCACCACUUCUUCGAUUGGCGCGCGCUCACCGAGAAGGCCAAGUCGGACAACAUGUGGGAGAUGGCCGAUAACUUCCACCAGACCGUGGAGGGGAGCAAGCACGAGACCCUCGCGUUCAUGGACUGGACACGGACGGCGCUCCCGGAGAAGUUUGCGGUGAACCUCGACGUGCAGUUCGCCAAGCAGGCGGAGGAGGAGGAGGCGCGCAGGUCUAAAGAGGAGACGGAACGGAAGGCGCGGGAGGCGCGGGAGAAGAAGGAACGCGAGGAACGGGAGGCGAGAGAGGCGAAAGAGGCGAAGGCGACCCUGCGGGAUAACCUCGCCGACGCGCAGAAGAUGGCUGACAACAUCGAGUCCUUCCUCACCAAGCAGCGGGAGAAGCUGUUCAAGGAGACGGGGGUGCUCCGCUGA